UUCAAAUUGUGGAAUAUCCACCAUGCUUAUGUUGCCUUUCCUCCUAGUUAGUUAGUUCCUGGUUAGUUCUUCCAGUUUUUUUUUUUUAAUUUUUCACUUUUUUCUUCUAAUUCAGUCCAUUAUUCUUUAUUAGUGUGAGGUCAACUGAUUUGAUCUUCUCUUUGGUCUAUUCUGCUCCAAUAGCUUCUCCAGGAGUGAGUAGCUUCUCUGCUAUCUUUUUUUACAACCCCAUCUCUGUGAUGUUAAUUUAAAGCUUCAAUUUCUAUUUUCCAUUCACUGAUUUUAUUUUCCAAGUCAUUCAUUAGUGUUCUGAAUUUUGUUUUAUCUUUUUUUAUUCACUUUUCUGUGUUUCUCCAUCUCUUUGACUUUCUUUAUGAUGGCAAUUUGAACUCUACCUGAUAGUAAGAUAUGAUCUUCCAUAUCUUUGUAGUUGCAUAUUGCAUCAUUGGUCUCAUCUUGUAAUACCACGUUCCCUUGAGAUCUCAAGUUUCUGCGGCUUAUUUUGCUGCUUUAAAUUUCCUAUUUUUGAAAAAAUGCAUCUGUAGUGGUAAAUUACAGAGUUCAACUACUUCUGCUUUCCAUCAGGUGACAUUGUGUUUUCAGACAUGUAAUUUAUGCAGGACUAGAGACCUGAUCCUUGAGAUGCUGAGUCAGAGACUGUGGGGCCUGCAGUCAUCCAGCCUCUGAGAUGGGUGCCCUGGCUAGGGCAUGUGAGCUAAUGUUUGUGGCACCCCUACACCCGCCUCUCUGAGAUUCUCCCUGUGCACACUGUCCCUGAGCUUCAGGAGGGUGGGGACAGUCCUGAGUGGGGAGGGGGGAUGCAUCCAGCUCUGUGCCUUGUUUCUUCUCUGAGGACCUUGGUAGCUGGGAGCGCCCAGUCAGAGCUGUGAGCCUCCUCACUGUCAGCUCUCCCUGCCCAGGGUCACGUGCCUGGUUGAGUGACCACCACAGUGUGUGCUGCAGCCUCCCCCACCCUGACCACAGCCUCCAGGUGUCUUCUCUGCCUAACUCUAGUCAGUGAAGCAUGACUCUUCUCUGUGUUCCUUUUGGUGCUAUCUGCCUGGUGACGGCUGUAGAGAGUGCCCCGUUUUGUCGCAAGCCUGGUGUUCUCUGGGUACCCUGUCCACUCAUUCACAUUGAUGAUCCUCUGUGCAAUGAAACGGAUUUCCUCAGACACCUUCUUAGUACCCCAAAAAAUCUUUUGAAAUGCACAUUCUUGGGUACAUCCCAAUCUGUUGCAUCAGACCUGGGGUAGGGUCCUGGCAUUUUACCAUUACAAGCCGUCAUCGUGAUUGUGUUGCUGAAGAUGAGAACAAGAGAUUUAGAGUUUUUUAUGGAAGGUCCUGCUAUCAGGUACACUAGUGAAUGAGGGAGCAUCUUUGACAUUAUUUCUGGACCAAAAGUUGUGGUUGGAAGAUCUUUCCCAGAUUCAGAAUUGUCACUGUUAAUCCUUCAUGUCAGCUGUCUGCUCAUCAGACACCCUCCCUCAGCCUGCCUGGGCCUCCCCCAGUAAUAGUGUGUGUUCCCUAAUAUGACUGUGUCUCUCAGCCUUUCUAACUCCCAUGUUUGUGUUCACAGAGAGCUUCCAUGUGCUUGACCCCAGACCCCAUUGUGGCAGAGCUGGGUGAGGAUGCACACUGCCUUGCUUCCCUGUUCCCAGUCAUGAGUGCAGAGAACAUGGAGUUGAGGUAGUUCCGGCCCAAGGUCUGGGAAUCGGUGUUCACCUAUUAAGAUGGACAGGAACAACAUGAGGAGCUGAUGGCCCAGUAUGCAGGGCAGACCUCACUGGUAGGGGAAUUCCUUAGUGAGGGGGAAGAUGCUGUGACCAUCCACAAGGUCCAGGCUACUGACAAUGGGCUGUACACCUGUUUCUUCAGCAACAGAGACUUCCGUGGGCAAGCCAGCUUGGUGCUGCAGGUGACAGGUGUGGGCUCUGUCCCUCAAGUGCACAUCACGAGCCGGAGGAGGAUGGGAUGCAUGUGGUGUGCACGGCCUUGGGCUAGUUCUCAGAGCCCCAGGUGCUGUGGAGACACCCCCGGGGGGAGCAGUUCCUGGAGUUCUCCAAGGUCCAGGCCCAGGACACAGAGGGGCUGUUCAGCGUGGAGGCCACUCUGGAGAGCCCUUCUUCCCCCAGACCUCUCCCUGGAAGCCGGCUUUCCUGGUAAGCCUGCCCUGGCUGCUGCUCCUGCUCCUGCUCCUGGGGGCUGCCUACUACACCCAGAGGGAACAUUCUGCACAGAUGCGGGAGCUGCUGCUCAGAGCAUUACAUGCUGGGUUAAGGAGUGGAACCUACAGACAAAGGAGGAGGCUCUGAAGGACACAGAUUGGCAGAAGGAGCAGUUCCGGGCCUGGCCUGCCACUCUGGAUCCAGGUUCUUGCCAUUAGGGAAUUGCCCUCUCUCAUGACAAGAAGAGUCUGACCUGUCAUCACACUGGAAUGGAAGGAGGAUACAGUGUUUGUGGUCUUGAGGGCAUCACAUCAGGGCGCUGUUACUGGGAGGUAGAGGCAGGAAUGCAGACAGAACUGCAUGAGUUCUGGGGGUUUGUAGGGAAGGUGAUAAAAUUAAAUAAAGUGCUCCAUCCCCACUGAAUGGGAAAUGGGUUUUUGGCCGGCACAACAACAUUUUCAAAGCCUUCACUGACCCUCGUACUCCGCUACCCCUUAGUCAGGUUCCCCACAGGCUGGGGGUUUUCCUGGACUAUAAUCACGUGGACGUCUCCUUCUAUGACAUGACUGAUGGCUCCCACAUCUUCUCCUUCCCUCCGGAGUCCUUCUCUGGAACCCUCUUUCCAUACUUUGGGUGUUAUUCAGGAGACGUGUCCAUGACCCUCUGCCCCCGGAGGCUGGGCCCCAGAAGCCCUCUGUGCCAUUGUAAAAGGGUGGUCCCCAGGAAAGGGGGAGGUUCCAGGUUCCCUGCCCCACCCAAGGGAGGGUGGAGCUGAGCAGGGAGAGAAGAAGCUGGAGAGGAGACUGAGGAAGGAAGGAAGCAGGAUGGAGCCAGAAGGAGACCAGGAGGAGGCACAUGGAACAGGGAGAAACGUGAGGAAACUGCGCUUGCCUUUUGGUUGUGGACGGUGUGACACAGAUGUAGGUGAGACCCGUGGGGAGGUGAAAAUAGCAGCUUUUAUCUUGAUUUUGAUUUUGCUCUUUUCCUUCUGGGCUUGUCUGGUUGUUUCUGACCCUUUUCUGUGGGUCCCCACUGGAAGUUGCUUUGGAACUUGUGGCAGGCUUUGGGGCCUUGCUCUGGGCCAAUCCCAUUUGGAUGAGGUUUAACCAAUGGGGACGGGUAACUUUGGGUGCUUAAUUUAGAAACUAUAUUCUUUGCCUUUCCUGUAUUGUUUCCUAGUUGUAUUAAAGUUCCUUCCCAUUAAAGUCUCAUAUGUUUUGUGUUGAUGUGGCGGAUGGCAGAAUCCAUUUAAAAUAGGCAGGUUUACAGGGUCUGGGCUGCCCCUCUCCCUGCCCUAUAACACCAUGAACCAACCUCCUUCUCUGGGGGAUCCCCCAGGGGAGGGGAUCCCCUGAGGCUCUGGUGUGGAUGGGGCUCCCCCAGGGCCUGAAGCCCCCCUCCUCCCCUGCACCCCUGAGACUGUGUCCCCAUGAGGCUCCUCCCUGCCCAGCCCUGCCCUGGGCUCUUCUUGGGGCUGCAGGUUCCCUGUGGACAAACCUGUGAGUGAGUCCCAGAUGCUGGAGUCUCAUCCUCCUGCUCGGGGUGCAGAUUCCUGGGCCAUGGCUGUGAGAACAGUCAGGUCCUGCCUUGUGCUGAGACAUAACUUUGAACCCAUUUAAGGUCGGGUGAAUUUUUCCAUGGGAAAUCAUUUGUCUUUUGGUAAAGAAAAUAUUUAACAAGGAUUUUAUACUGUUAGGUCAAGAAAUGGGUUGAGCUCUGAAUGAUUCUCCUACAUUAAUUGGAGUUUACUUUGUCCAACUUGAUUUUGUGUGGAGGAACCUAGAGCCUGAUGGGUCCCCAGAUCUAUUUUUUGGGGUCUGGACUAUCUGACCAGAAAACUUCUGCCUCCAAAAUAUUUGGGGAAAUGGCAGAUGAUGGACUUUAGAGGAGCCAAAUAUUCUGUUAUCAGCUUCCACUCUGGAGUGGAUGAAAUACACUUAAUUUUCUCAAACCUGAUGAAUUUCUAUGACCAGUGAUAAACUUGUGGUGUAUUAAUUUGGUGACCUCAGGAGAAGGAUCUGGUUCCUCUUUUGUGUCAACACCUAUUGGGAGCCACGCUACUCAUGUCGUCUGACAAAAGUCCGGGGUUGGGGCAGAUUUCUGAAAAAUCAGGAAUUUCGUUAGCUGACUCCAAGAUUUUCCUCAUUUGUUUAUGGCUAGUUUUUACCAUUGCUAAAAUACGCAUUUAAAAGUAAAACUGCAAAUACUGAUCAAUCACUGAAUAACCAAAUUGAUGGCAAAUGGCACUGCAUGAUACAAAUAUUACAUUUUUAAUAAAAUUAGUCCUUCUCUGCCAAAAGGCAGACAACAUUUGGCCUGACAUUAACAAGUAAAAAAAACUUCUGGGAACAAAAGGCUAUAAACAUCCCUUGGCCAAGUCUUUAAUAUGGAGAUGUGGUCAUUUGAGGCAAGAGCUAAUUGGAGAAGGAAAUUCUAUUUCUUUAAAGAUAGCAGUUGGGUGGCAAACGUGAUCCAUGCUCCAAGUGUAAGAAAAUUCCUGAUGAGCCAGGAGGCGCCAUAGCUAACUCCUGCUAAAUUCUUCCUGUUUGUUUAGGGCUGAUUCCCCUGGAGGUGACAAUUGGUAUGGUAGCUGUUAGAGUAUGCGUUCAAGAAUAAGUCAACAGCAAUUUUAUGAUUGGUCGAGCUAAAACAAUAUAAAUAAUAAUUUCUAAAUAAAAGCCUUCUGUUUUUUACUUUAAUCAAUUAGUUAUAUGUUGGUCUAAACUUUAUAGGUUAGUUAGAAAUAAUCUUUGUCUCCCUUCCCCCAGGUAACUUCCUGCCCUUUGUUUCCCUCAGCCCAUAGUUAAUCGUUCACCAUGGCAAACUUAGAAAUGUUAGUUGUAGACACAUAGGCUUUUUGCUAGUAAUAAAAUAACUGUUAGAUUGUUUAAAGUAAAUAACUAUUUUGAAAACAUUUGUUUAGCAACUGUGCCUUCUUUAAGACAAAGAAUAAUAAAUGUUACACCUCUGCCGGAAGGCAGACCCUUGGCGGCUCCUGAAAAAGGACAUGUGAUGAUUGUUAUCUUCCUACCUUAUGCUUGUGUACUCAUGAUUUGCUUAGUAUAAAUAAAGGGCUGCUGAGACCCUCAGCAGGAUGAUGUCAGCACCCUGAUCAAGUGUCUGCGUCUCCUCAUUCCCUCUCCCCCUUCCCUUACCAUUUUCUUUACAAUUGCGCCGACGCCUUCCCAUCCUUCAGGAACCCCUGACACCUAGACUGCUGCGGCUGGCUCGCAACAAACACCAUUUGGAAAGCAGAUAACUUCUCCCUGAAUUAAGAUGAGAAUGAAGAAGAGACUCUCAGACUCAGGGUGACUUGGGGAGCUGGGACCUGAGCUCCAGGUGCCCCUGUGCUGACUCCGUUCUUCCAUGUCC